AAACAGUGGAGGGAGGGCAUGUCUUCCGUCUAAAUUCAAAAGAACCUGGGUGGUUUGGAAAUUGCUGAGGGAAGCAUAUGCACAAUGGAGCUAAGACAGAGGAAGAGUGUUAUAGAAGCUGUCAAGCAGCUGGAUGCCUUCCCCAAAAUAUCAGACACAUAUGUGGAAACCACCAGAUCAGGAGGCACAAUAAGUAUCCUGACAUUUGGGGUGAUGCUGUUGCUGGUAGUCACAGAAAUUAGAUACUACAUGUCGUCAUUCAAGUUCCGGUUCGAGCCCGAUGUCGACAUGGACGCCAAGUUGCCUAUUCACUGUGGAUAUCAUUGUCGGCAUGCCUUGUGGAGCGGUGGGAGCAGACAUCAUGGACUCCACAAAUGAAAAUGUGUUCAGCUUCGGCCGGCUGAAGGAAGAGAACACCUGGUGGGAGAUGACGCCUGCUCAGGAAGACCACUUCAGGAUGGCCCAGACGAUGAACUCCUUCCUGCGGGAGCACUACCACGGCCUUCGGGAGACGCUCUUCCGUAGCGGCCACACGUCCAUGUUUGCCGAGCUGCCGCCGCACCACCCGCGCCCCAGUCGGCAACCGGACGCGUGUCGCGUGCACGGCUCGCUCGUCCUCAACAAGGUGGCCGGCAACUUCCACAUCACGGCCGGCAAGGCCAUCGGCUUGCCCACCGGCCAGCACGCGCACAUCUCCGCCUUCAUAGAGGGCAAUUACAACUUCUCGCACCGCGUCGUCAGGUUUCAGUUCGGCGACGAGCAAGCCGGCUUCAUCCACCCGCUGGAGGGCGACGAGAAGGUGGCCACGUCCGAGAUGCAGAUGUACCAGUACUUCAUGGAGGUGGUGCCGACGGAAGUGCGCGGUCUGCUGGGCGCCGCGCACACGUACCAGUACUCUGUGAAGGAGCAGAGCCGCGUCAUCAACCACCACGCCGGUUCGCACGGCGUGCCGGGCGUCUACUUCAAGUACGACAUGUCGGCGCUGAAGGUCGUCGUCUCGGAGGACCGCGAGCCGCUCGUGCAGUUCCUGGUCCGGCUUUGUGCCAUAUGCGGCGGUAUUUACGUCACUUCAGGCAUUCUCAACUCGCUGCUGGGCUGGGUGUUGCGGGUGGCAUUUGCCGAAUGA